GAAGUUGCUAUCGACCAGCUUCUGAACAGUAGCAGGUGUCAACAGCUUUUUCAGGAGUUGCUAGCCAACCACGAGAAGCAUGUGCCAGAGCUUCUCGAGGAGCUGCGGGGCAUUGCAUCUGGUGCCAAUGUGUCCAGCGAGCGGCUUUUCGCCAUGAGCCUCCAGGAGGAGUUGGCAUAUUGUCAAGAGAAUUUGACGGUCACAGCCCGAAGAGUCGACCACUGCACCGAUUCUAUGCUUUGCAACUCGCAGUACUGUUUUGAUGCGCACAACGAGGACGGUGAUAUGGCUGACAAGUGGCUGUUUGCUGCUUUCGUCCAGUUCGGGAAGAGCAGUUUCACUGUUCUAAAUUAUGCCGGUGAUCUACUUGGGGGAAUGUCGGCCUUCGCCUUCAACAAGCGGGGCAUUGCAUUCUCGCUGAAUUGGGUCGGUCCGGGAGACUGCGAUCCUGCGGGUCUCGGUCGCAACUUCAUCAGCAGGCAGCUGCUGACAGCGAGAGGUUGGGACGAGGCCCAGCGCAUCAUAUCCCAGCGACAUGCAGCAGGCCACAACUACCAACUCAUGGAUUUCAAGAGUCGUCGAAUCGCGAAUUUCGAGGUUGCUCACGACCAGGUGUCUGAAGUGGCCAUCGGAAACGCCUUCUUCCAUGUCAACCAGUACCAGACGCUGAGCGUCCCCGAUCAGAUGGUCGGGAACAGCUCCUUGCAUCGCUUGGCGCGGCUUCGCAUGCUGCCAGCGCCGCAGUCUGUCCUGCAAGGUGUAGCUGCACUUGUGCUGAGGCGGGAUCCCAUCAUGUAUCGGAUACUGCCCAACACGCCUCAUCCGCGAACUGGUAGCGAGUGGCCGAUCUACCCUUCCUACGACUGGGCGCACGGACUUUCCGACGCCAUAGAGGGAGUCACCCACUCUGUUUGUACACUGGAAUUCAACAUGCACAAUGAAUUGUAUGAUUGGUUCAACGAGAAGGUGGCAGGCUUGCCCGAUGCCCUGCCUCUCUGCCAGCCUCCAAGCUCCGCCCUUCCCAGGCAGCAUGAGUUUGCGCGAUUGGAGAUGACUCACAUCGUUGUCUCGAAGCGGAAGCUAAAGCGCUUGGUGGAGGGCGGCUACGUGGAGGGCUGGGACGACCCACGCAUGCCGACUAUUUCCGGAAUGCGGCGGCGAGGUUACCCCCCAGCUGCACUGCGAAAGCUUUGCGAGCUGAUCGGAGUUACCAAGGUUCCGACGAGUGUGAUUGAGUACACUCUCCUCGAGAACUGCGUUCGAGACGUGCUUCAGGAGCAGGUGUCCGAGAAAUUGCUGUGUGUGCUGCGGCCACUUCCGGUCACCAUCACAAACUGGCCGGAGGGACAAGAGGACGAGCUGAUUGAGGUGCCCGGUGGCGACUCUGAUGCCAUGCCGCGGCAGAUGCACUUCGGUCGGGACCUCCUCCUGGACAUGGAGGAUUUCCAGGAGGAACCCGAGCCCGGCUUCAAGCGCUUGGCGCCGGGCAGACAGGUUAAGCUACGAUAUGGAUACGUCAUCAAGUGUGACGAGGUUGUUCGUGGACCAGAUGGCGAAAUCCAAGAGCUGCGGUGCUCAUACGAUCCCGACUCUCUUGGAAAGAGGCCACCGAAGAAGGUCGCGGUGGUCCACUGGGCACAUCAAACCCUGUCGACACCCGUCACCGUCAGGAUGUACGACAAGCUGUUCAGUGAGCCAAGACCAGAGGAGGCAGGCGACUUCCUGGACGCCUUGAACCCCAAGUCUUGCGAAGUGCUAGCAAGUGCCCGAUGUGAGCCGAGUGUUGCUGGCAUGGUGGAGAAGCACAAGGAAAGUGGGGAGGACAUUUUCCGGGUUCAGUUCGAGCGGUGCGGCUUCUUCGCGAUGGACCCCAAGGCUUCUUCGGACGGCCUGGUAUUCAACUGCACGGUGCCACAGAGGAGCGACUUCGGAAAGGCAAAGCAAGUUCGUGGAAAGGCCUCAAAGAAAAAGCUCGAAACGGCCGCCGCAUCUCCAGUUGCGCAGCAGGUCUUUGGAAGGCCUGCUGUCAUGUCGACUGCAUUCGCGGUGCCGCGGCCGUCGUUAAUUGAUUUGAAGGCACUUCCUGCCCAGGCGUCCUGCCGCAAGAGCAGAUGCCAGAGCUCUUCGCGGGAACUGUCAAGCACAGAGCACGGGAGGCACAUCGGGGCGGCAGCCGCAGUCUUGUACUGCCUGCGACGGGGGACGAAAAUCGCAAGGCAGGCGCAGCGAUCCCGAGAGCAAGCCAUCAGCGCUGCCGUCAACAUCGCGCGGGAUAGUACUCGCCGCGGUCGCGGACGAAUGAGCAUGCAGGAGCGCAAGAAGCUCCGUAUGAUGGAAGUUCAGCGGAAGAUCCGGGUCUUGAAAGGAACGAGAGCGGUCCCCGGGAAGCCUGACAAAGAUGCGUCUAGCGACGACGAUACCAGCAACGAAGAUUCUGCUGAUGAUGAGGAGGGCUCCGGCGGAAGCAGCUCAAGUAGCGCCCCUGUGAACGAAGAUGAAGCCGGCGAGGGCCAGGAGAAUUGGGCCUUCAAGAGGGAGGACAAGAGCAAAUCGUCCUUCAAGCGACGCCCCCUUCAGGUGAGUGAUGAUGCCAGGGCGGUCGCAGAAACAGAGCUUUACGGUCAGGGCGGCAUCGCAACAUCCAAGCAGUUGCUCGACGCAGGGCGUGAGUUCAUGUUUGCGAAAGACUGGGAGAAGGCCGCAGACUUGCUCGAGCUCGUCAGUGACCGAAUAAGCAAGGAGCAGCUGAGUCGCAAACUGGACUACAAGGUCGCUCAAGCUAUCGAUGACGAGGCGACUGAGACGCUCGCGAUGGUCUACGCAGACUCGGGAAGGCUGUCCUUGGCCUUCAACACCUACGAUGUGCUCAGGACGCGUGUUGCAGAUCCUGAAGUGCGGAAGCGAGCUGAGGUUGGUUGGAUCCAGACUGCCGUGAGGAUAUCUGAGAGCUUGCAGAAGGAGUUCAGGUUCGAUCAAUGUCUCGAGCUGCUCCUGACAGUUCGUGUCUUGCCGGCGCGGUUCUCACAUGCCACGGUGGCCUUUCGGCCAUAUCCGGGUCUCACAACCCGGAUGUGGCAAAAAAGAUGGAAAGUUAGUGCUUGGUGUUACGUGGCCAUGUAUAAGCUAGCUGCCCAUGCUUGUGUUUACAGGCAGCGAUCUCAUGAUCUGAGUCGGAUAACUGACGCCAUGUAG